UGAGGUGGGCGCUGCCAGGGGGAGGGAGGAGGGCAGCGAGUUCGAGUCCCGCCUCCGCGAGCCUCAACUGGGAGCCACUUCUCCGGGCUGCUGCCGUCCGUUGAGGAGAGGUCUUGAGGAGUCGCUUCGUUCUCUGUUCUUUCCUCGUUUUUCCUCCGUGCGCGGAGGCCGCGGCUUUCCCCGUGGGGCGCCAACCCGCAGGAACAAGAGUUUGCCAGGAGUUUGUGCGGACUUCGGGCCCCGGCCCCCCCGCCCCGCCGCCGCCAUGCCCGUCUUCCACACGCGCACCAUCGAGAGCAUCCUGGAGCCCGUGGCCCAGCAGAUCUCCCACCUGGUCAUCAUGCACGAGGAGGGAGAAGUGGACGGCAAGGCCAUUCCGGAUCUCACCGCCCCCGUGUCGGCCGUGCAGGCCGCUGUCAGCAACCUGGUGCGGGUUGGAAAAGAGACUGUGCAGACAACAGAAGACCAGAUCUUGAAAAGGGAUAUGCCACCAGCAUUUAUCAAAGUGGAGAACGCCUGCACCAAACUUGUCCGGGCGGCUCAGAUGCUGCAAGCAGAUCCUUAUUCAGUACCAGCUCGUGACUAUCUGAUUGAUGGAUCAAGAGGCAUCCUUUCAGGAACAUCAGACUUACUUCUGACAUUCGAUGAAGCAGAGGUCCGUAAGAUCAUCCGUGUCUGCAAAGGAAUAUUGGAGUAUCUGACUGUGGCGGAAGUGGUAGAGACCAUGGAGGAUUUGGUGACAUACACAAAGAAUCUAGGGCCAGGAAUGACAAAGAUGGCCAAAAUGAUUGAUGAGAGACAACAGGAAUUAACUCAUCAGGAGCACAGGGUUAUGCUGGUAAACUCCAUGAAUACUGUGAAGGAGCUAUUGCCAGUGCUCAUUUCAGCCAUGAAGAUUUUUGUAACCACGAAGAAUUCUAAAAGCCAGGGAAUAGAAGAGGCCUUGAAAAAUCGCAACUUCACAGUAGAGAAAAUGAGUGCUGAGAUCAAUGAAAUAAUCCGGGUGUUACAACUCACUUCCUGGGAUGAAGACGCCUGGGCGAGCAAGGACACUGAAGCCAUGAAAAGAGCUUUAGCCUUAAUAGAUUCAAAGAUGAACCAGGCCAAAGGUUGGCUGAGAGAUCCAAAUGCACCUCCAGGGGAUGCUGGGGAGCAAGCAAUAAGACAGAUCCUCGAUGAAGCUGGAAAAGCUGGAGAAUUGUGUGCAGGCAAAGAGCGCAGAGAGAUCCUGGGAACGUGCAAAACACUGGGCCAGAUGACUGAUCAACUGGCUGAGCUCCGAGCCAGAGGACAGGGUGCUACACCCAUGGCUAUGCAGAAAGCACAGCAGGUGUCACAAGGGCUGGAUUUGCUCACUGCAAAAGUGGAGAACGCGGCCCGCAAGUUGGAGGCCAUGACAAACUCUAAGCAGGCGAUUGCUAAGAAGAUUGAUGCUGCUCAGAACUGGCUUGCAGAUCCUAAUGGGGGCAGUGAAGGAGAAGAACAUAUUCGGGGAAUUAUGGCUGAAGCGAGGAAAGUUGCUGAGCUGUGUGAGGAGCCCAAGGAAAGGGAUGAUAUCCUUCGUUCCUUGGGGGAAAUCUCUGCUCUGACAGCCAAGCUGUCAGAUCUGCGACGACAUGGGAAAGGUGACUCUCCUGAGGCCCGUGCUCUGGCUAAGCAAAUAGCUACCUCACUUCAGAACUUACAGUCCAAAACAAACAGGGCUGUAGCAAACACUAGGCCAGUUAAAGCAGCUGUCCAUUUGGAGGGCAAGAUCGAGCAAGCUCAAAGGUGGAUAGAUAAUCCUACGGUGGCUGAUCGGGGAGUAGGCCAGGCAGCAAUUCGGGGUCUGGUUGCAGAGGGCCGUCGUUUGGCCAAUGUCAUGAUGGGGCCUUAUCGUCAAGACCUACUUGCCAAGUGUGACCGCGUGGACCAGCUGGCUGCUCAGCUCGCUGACCUCGCAGCACGAGGGGAGGGAGAAUCCCCUCAGGCCAGGGCAAUUGCUGCUCAGCUUCAGGACUCCCUGAAGGAUCUUAAGGCACGGAUGCAAGAGGCAAUGACCCAGGAGGUUUCUGAUGUUUUUAGUGACACCACAACUCCUAUUAAAUUGUUAGCAGUAGCAGCCACUGCUCCCUCUGAUGCUCCCAACAGAGAUGAGGUGUUUGAUGAAAGAGCUGCCAACUUUGAGAACCAUGCUGCUAGACUGGGAGCUACAGCAGAAAAAGCAGCUGCAGUUGGAACUGCAAAUAAAAGCACUGUGGAAGGCAUCCAGGCAACGGUGAAAUCAGCAAGGGAACUUACCCCCCAGGUAGUGUCAGCUGCUCGUAUCCUCCUGAGGAAUCCUGGCAAUCAAGCUGCUUAUGAACACUUUGAGACCAUGAAAAACCAAUGGAUUGAUAAUGUAGAAAAAAUGACAGGCUUGGUGGAUGAAGCCAUCGAUACUAAAUCUCUGUUGGAUGCAUCAGAAGAGGCUAUCAAGAAAGAUCUAGAUAAAUGUAAAGUUGCCAUGGCCAACAUGCAGCCCCAGAUGCUGGUAGCUGGUGCCACCAGCAUCGCCAGACGAGCAAACCGCAUCCUACUGGUAGCAAAACGGGAGGUUGAAAACUCAGAAGACCCUAAAUUCCGGGAAGCUGUUAAAGCAGCCUCUGAUGAGCUAAGCAAAACUAUAUCACCCAUGGUAAUGGAUGCUAAAGCUGUGGCAGGAAACAUUUCAGAUCCUGGUUUACAGAAGAGUUUCUUGGAUUCUGGAUACAGAAUUCUGGGAGCUGUGGCCAAAGUCAGAGAAGCCUUCCAGCCUCAGGAACCAGAUUUUCCCCCUCCUCCUCCUGACCUUGAGCAGCUUCAUCUGACUGAUGAGCUCGCUCCUCCAAAACCACCCCUUCCAGAAGGUGAGGUUCCCCCACCCAGACCACCACCCCCUGAAGAAAAAGAUGAAGAGUUCCCAGAGCAGAAAGCAGGAGAAGCUAUUAAUCAGCCCAUGAUGAUGGCAGCCAGGCAGUUGCACGAUGAAGCCAGGAAGUGGUCCAGCAAGCCUGAUGUGACUGUGAUUAACGAAGCGGCUGAGGCUGGUGUAGAUGUAGAUGAGGAGGAUGAUGCAGAUGUUGAAUUCACUCUCCCCUCUGACAUUGAAGAUGAUUACGAGCCUGAGCUGCUGUUAAUGCCAACCAAUCAGCCUGUUAACCAGCCCAUUCUGGCUGCUGCUCAGUCUCUACAUCGGGAAGCAACCAAGUGGUCUAGUAAGGGUAACGACAUCAUUGCUGCUGCCAAGCGCAUGGCGCUGCUGAUGGCCGAGAUGUCGCGCCUGGUGAGGGGCGGCAGCGGGAACAAACGUGCCCUCAUCCAGUGUGCCAAGGAUAUUGCCAAGGCAUCAGAUGAAGUCACUCGCCUGGCCAAGGAGGUGGCAAAGCAGUGCACUGACAAGCGCAUCAGGACAAACCUCUUGCAGGUCUGUGAGCGAAUCCCAACCAUCAGUACACAACUGAAGAUCCUCUCCACUGUCAAAGCCACCAUGCUGGGCAGAACCAAUAUCAGCGAUGAGGAGUCGGAGCAGGCAACUGAGAUGUUGGUUCAUAAUGCCCAGAAUCUCAUGCAGUCUGUGAAGGAAACUGUGAGAGAAGCUGAAGCAGCAUCCAUUAAGAUAAGAACAGACGCCGGAUUCACUCUUCGCUGGGUCAGAAAGACCCCGUGGUAUCAGUAAACAGUUGCCACGUGGGUGUUGUCUUCUGUAACAUAAAAUGCCUUUUUCUUUCUUUGAAACAGAAGAGAUGUAUCAACAGCAAAAGGUGCUGUAUACAUGAGCUUAAGACUAGCUUGUGCUGAUGCCCCAUUCUAAGGGUAUGAAUGACAAGAGAAUGCAUUUCAAGUGUCUUGGAAAUGCAUUUGGUUCCAAACAACACCUCAGCAUUGCUUCCAACAGUAGACAGUUCUUAUCCUUUUUGGUUUUCUUCUUUGUCUUUUGAAAACUCUCUCCAUGAGCUCUGUACUCCCAGAAGCACAUUUCAGUUAUGCACUGUGUAUCCCGGCAGUUUCCAUGCGAUGAUGCAAAACGUGGACCUCACUGUAAGCUUGUGGGGAGAGUUUAGGAUGCUAUUGGUUACCUGGCAGUUUGUAGGGACAAUCAUUGAUGUAGAAACAUUCAGCUUUUCAACAGGGUUUGAGCUGGCUGUUCUUAAACCACGCAGAAAUGAUGGGAUGUUAGGGUUUUUUAGUUAAAAGGGGGAAGAGAGGCAGCAGGACAGUUAAACUGGGAAUUGUUUCCCUGUCUGAAAUGAUCCUUUUCCUUUUAUGUUGGGUUUUUGCCUGGCAAUGGUCCUUUAACAAAAACUGGAGCUGUCACCCCAUAGGCAGGCAUUCUAGAGCUCUUGUCCUGUACUGAGAUGCUUUGCAGUGGAUGUUAGUUGACACACUGUUGGCAGCUCGAGCCUCAUGGCUGGAGACCUUAAACCACAGAACUCUUUCCUUAUUGCUCAGUUCAGUAAUGGAUUGUGCUGAAAAAUCCCAGUUCUCUUAAGCAAGCUGCAUGUCCAGGACCAGCAAAUGCCACGUGCUGGCUCUUUUCCUUGUGAAAACCAAAUGAGCACAUGCAGUUAUUCUUUUCUCUCCCUCUCCCUUAUCUAAUGCUAUUCCAGCCACUCAAGGUGGAAAUUAAAAGACAAAGUUACCCAGUUAAGAAGGAGCAUUUGCCUCACUGCCUUUCUUUACAACAAUGCCUAAGCUUUUGGAAAUCCACCCACUGCAGGGACACAAACCCCUUUUUAGGUAGUCUGGUGGCUCCCAGCAAGCAGUGGUUCCCAGUGCUAAAUGUACUGGGAGAUUUGUACUUGUUUGGACAUUUGGAGGCUCAAAGUCUUUUUUUUCGGGUUCUAGUGAAUGGAACAAAGUGUUUCUGUGUCUUCAAAAAAGCCCAAGCAAUGCCACAAUAAAAAGAAGCCACAACACAAAAUCUGCCCCCUCCUCCCUCCAAAUAAUCUUGAGAUGCUUUUAUCCUUCCAUAAGUGAACAUACCUUCAUGUGUGUAUAUAUGGAUGUGUACACACACACACACACAAGCUCUCUUUCUGUUGCUCCAUGCUCUCUUCUGGCAUUUCCCAGAGAAAGAGAAAGACUGUUUUAGAAUGAGCCUCUGCACAUUUGCAAGGAACACUUGGAGACUUCUGCCCAGCUCAGCACUGGCCUCGUGCUGCCCUCCUAAUUUGCCCAAAAUUGUUGUGUGAUCAAAAACCACCUUUCCCAGAAGUGCCCUUGAGGAGAAACUGCUCAGUCUGAACAGCUCCAAGGAGGAGACACACAACGGGGCCAGAGGCCCUUCACCUGCCUGCAGCACUUCUGCACUUGGACUUUGUCCCCUCCACCCACCACUUCAUUGCACUGUUGUCUAAAAAGGGAACUUAAACUGAUAGCAAUGCAUCUGCCUCAAACUGACCUUAGCAAGAGAAAGCACGUGUUUGUCCUUAACUCACUCCUCCUGUCUGGGUAUUACGACAUACCUGGUACUUGGGAUCCUUCCCUACCGUUCUCUUCUGCAGUUCCCUGUAAGAGGGGGAAGGAAGGCAUGCCAGAGCCUUAACCUGAAUGUCUUGCAUUGGGCUGGUUUAUGCCAGAUCUUUAACAGAAUUGUAAUGUAGUAAUUUCUAUUUAAUAGUAAACAGCACUGAAGAAGUAGGGGUUCUUUUUAAGGGAUUUUCUAAGUAGUCUUCCUGCAUUACUUCUCUGUUCUUCACAUCUCCUGCCCCCCAAUCCAGGCUUCUCUGUGAGAUUUUCUUUUCUUUAGCAUCACUGUUUAGUUGCUUGACUGAUAUAAAUGCAAUAUUCCUAAUGCCUUUAAUACAUAUUGUUUAUGCCAAAGAUCACUUUGUGUUUGUUAAGGAAUGUCUGCAGGAAAGUUACGAAUCACGGUGGCCUUUGAUAUUCUUCCAGAGUGUUUGCUCUGAGUUCUUGAACUGUUUUGUAGGGGCUGAGACACUUGUCCACCUUAUGCAAUUACUGCUUUAUUUUUGAACACUAUUGGUCUUCAGACCUGAAAUGCAGCAAAACUUUGGAGAAAAAAGAAAGACCAUUAAUGUCACUUAAAAAUGUUUCACCACUAUGAAGACUUUGUUUAUAAACCAAAAUGUACUGUAUAGUCUGAUGUUUUCAACCUUCCUUUGGUUCUGUUAAACCAAUAAAAUGCAUUUGUACAAA